CAGAUUGAAGUCUUCUGAAUCUGCUUCUUCUUCUUCUCUCUAAGCCAGAAACUUAGUGGUUUGCAGGAUUUGUAUGACUGCGUUGAUAAUUUGCUCCAGUUGUCAAUCAACCAACAAAGCAUUGCAAGAGAAGGCAGUGAAAAAUGGGUUGAUGAACUACUUGACAGGUCUCUGAGAAUCUUGGAUAUCUGUACUACUGCCAAAGAUUGCUUACUACAAUCAAAAGAAAGCAUGCUUGAACUUCACCCAGUAAUUCGCAGGAGGAAAGGCAAAGAAAUCAGGGCUGUAAAAUACUUGACUUCAAGGAAGAGCAUGAAGAAGGCGAUACAAAAGGCCCUGAGAAAUUUCGAAGGAAUGACAAAUGAGUUUUCUGCAAACAGAGAAAGUGGCAUUCUUAGCAUCUUGAAAGAAGCAGAAGCAGUCACUGUGAGCACAUUUGGUUCUUUGUUGUCCUUUAUCUGUGAUCCCAAGGGACAGUUAAAUCAAACAAGAUGGUCAGCAAUCUCCAGGUUGAUUCAACCAAAAAGAAUAGCUUGUUCUGAAAAAUCAGAAUCAAACGAAUUUGAGAUGAUUGACGCAGUUUUGAAAUCUCUCACAAGUCACAAACUUGCAAUUAGUGAGAAUUUUCAGGUCUACAUGGGAAAUCUGGAGAUUUGCAUUGACGAUCUAGAAGCAGGAGUUGAGAGUCUCUCGAGGAAACUAAUCAAAACAAGAGUUUCCCUUCUCAACAUCUUCAAUAACUUGAAUUAG